AUGGUGGCUCUUAGUGUACUGGUGGUCUCCGCUAUAAUCGCUGCUGUGUCAGCGAUCCCAGCGGCAGUGGACCCGGUGAUCACGAAGCUGAACCCUGAAGGUCUUCGCUAUGGUUACAUCAGGGACGAUGAAGGAAACCCUCACCUGGUCGACUCCUGGAUCAAAGCCAGCGACCUCAGAGAUAUGGCACGAUACAAUCCUGAUGUAGACAAUGAGUAUCACCUUUACACCAGGUCCAACCCACUGGUAAGCCAGCCUAUCGUCCAGGGUAACAACGCCCUCCUCGCCGCUAGCCACUUCGACCCCAAAAAGAGAACUAUCAUCCUCAUCCACGGGUUCCUCGGAAACAUCCUCAGUGGAUUCAAUACAGUCCUCGUUCCUGCUUUCAUUUUGGCUGGUGAUGUCAACGUCAUUGUGGUCGACUGGGGCAAGGGUGCUCACUUAGGAUUCAACGGAAUCAGCUCAGGUCGCAGUGUGGGCCGCUUCAUCGACUGGCUGAACCAGGCGUCUGGUGCCAAUGUGGAGAACUACCACAUCUUGGGAUACAGUGUCGGCGCUCACCAGGCCGGUAUCGUCGGCAGGAGUCUGCUCGGCCGUCCCAGCUAUCUUACUGCUAUGGACCCAGCAGACCGUUGGCUCUCCAGCCAGGCCGUCCGCGCUGAUGAUGCAGUCUACACCGAAGUGAUCCAUACCAACAUCGGUAACAUUGGGCAGGAGGAACCCGCUGGUGAUGUGGACUUCUAUCCUAAUGGGGGAAUUGAUAUGCCUGGGUGUGCCACAGCUGUUUGCGACCAUUACAGGUGA